GGCCCCGACCCCGCCGCAGCCGCCGCCGCGAUGGGACCCGCUCGGCUUCUCGGGCUGUGCCUGGUGCUGAGCGCCCUGUCCUGGGCUGCCCAUGAGAACUUGACAAUCUGCAACGACUGCCCCUCGGCCUUUUGCCUCAACGACACCCACUGCGGGUGUAAAUCCGGCUACCGGCCCCCCGCCUGGCGUCGCGACAUCCUCGAUAGCUGCGACGAUAUCAACGAGUGCCUGGAGCAGCCCCAGCCCUGCGGCCCCCACGAGACCUGCAGCAAUUUCCCGGGGACGUUCAACUGCAGCUGCGACCAGGGGUACCGACCUGCCCCCCCCACGGGGGACCCCCCCACGACGACCCCCCCGGACACCCCCCCGAGGCCUGCCUCACACAACUGCGUCGACGUGGACGAGUGCGCGGAGGUGGGGAAGGAGCGGUGCGGGGGGGGGAAAAUCUGUUUCAACACCCCCGGAAGCUUCGAGUGUCACUGUCCCCCCGGCUACGCGGACACCCCCGACGGCAACUGCACCGCUGUGACGGUGCCCCCCCCACUCUGCUCUGAUGACCAGAGCCACUGUGGGCUGGCGGAGGCCCUCACCCACCUCUACGGGCUGCUGCGGGGGGGGGGGCGACCCCCACCACAUCCUGCAGGAGCUGUUGGCCAUCCUGGACGGGGCGUUUGGGGGGGAGGUGGGGGCUGUCCCCAAGCGUCACCACUGGGCCACCAUGCUGCUGGAGGCCACCGAGGGGCUGGUGAGGGGGGUGGGGGCCCUCCUGCCCCCCCCCCGCCAUCACCGCCAUCACCGCCAAUGCCACAGAGCUGCGCCUGGCCGUGCACCAGGGUCCCCCCCCCCGGCCCCGUGCGCCUGCAGGUCCCCGGGGUGCAGCUGGACGUCCCCGAGGAGGUGGCCUGGGACAGUGACACUGGCCGGGCACUGGUGGCCCUGCUGUCCCAGCAGGGGCUGGGCCAGGUACUGGAGGGGGCUCCGAAGGUGCAGUGGGGGGGUUGGGGGGACCUGCCCCCCCCCCCGGCGGGGGCUCGCCCCUCCUAUCACCUCCUGUCCCCCGUGGCCACCGCCUUUGUCACCCGCCCGCGGCCCCCCGGCGCCUCCGAGGUCACCCUGCGCUUCCAGCACCCCCCCCCGGACCCCCAGCUGGGGGCCCGGGUGCUCUGCGCCUUCUGGGACCCCCAGGAGAAGGUCUGGGCCACCGCGGGGUGUCGCGAGGUGACCCCCCACCCCGGGACCCCCCCGGGCCCCCCCGGCACCACCUGCGCCUGCAACCACCUCACCAGCUUCGCUGUCCUCAUGGCCUUCCACGAGCUUGAGGAUGACUGGGUGCUGGACCUGGUGACAAAAGUGGGGCUGGGGGUGUCGGUGGUGUCGCUGGUGGUGGCGGCCGCCACCUUCCUCUUGUGCCGGGCGCUGAAGGGGCUUCGCACGACGCUGCACCUGCACCUCAGCCUCAGCCUGCUGCUGGCCCACAGCACCUUCCUGCUGGGCAUCGAUCGCACCCAGCACCCGACGGCGUGCGCGGUGGUGGCGGGGGUCUUGCACUUCUCCUUCCUGGCGGCGUUCUGCUGGAUGUGCCCUGGAGGGGCUGCACCUCUACGUGCUCCUCGUGCGAGUCUUCGCGCCCUCGUGGCUACGCGUGCGACACCUCCUCCUGGCCGGCUACGGGCUGCCCGCCCUCCUGGUCACCAUCGCCGCCGCCGCCUUCCCCGGGGGCUACGGGACCCCCCGCUACUGAACGCCGUCGUCCUGGUUGUCACCGUCUGGAAGCUGGUGCAGAAAUUCAACGACGUCAACCCCGACAUGGGGCACCUGCGCAAGAUGAGGGUGCUGGCGGCCACGGCGGCAGGGCAGCUCUGCCUGCUGGGGACGGGCUGGGCGCUGGGGCUGGGGCUGGGGGGGGGGCUGCCCCGGCCGGGGGGGCCCCUCUCGCCCCUCCCCCUCCUCUUCUGCGCCCUCAACGCGGCCCAGGGGCUCUUCAUCCUCCUCUGCCACUGCCUCGCGCACCCCCAGUUGCGUGACGCCUACCGGGCCUGCCUCUGCCCCGGCACCAAGCGCUACUCCGAGUUCACCAGUGCCACCAGUAACACCAGUAACACAAGGAUCUCCCGCAACUCAGAUGGUACACGUAGUCGUGCAAAGUCCUCGCACGAGGAUUGGGGGGGGGGGCACCCCCAGAUCCCCCCCCCCGGCUCCCUGCAGCGCGUUCACCUGCUUCAGCUGCCCCCCCCCCAUGGGUGCCCCGGGGGGGGCUUUUACUUGUGUGAUUAUUAAAGGUGUUUAUAUGGGA